UAUGAAUCCAAAAUAGCAGUUCAAAAUAAAUUCAAUUAACACCCAACGUUGCGUUACCCUCCCUUUUUCCCUGGUUCUUUGAAAAUUGAAAACAAACCAACCGGUAAGAAGAACCGAAGAAAAGGAGGUAGUUUCAAGAUGGCGGCAACUGAUGAAGCAUUGGAGUCACUUCUAUCCGAUUUCGAUGAGAUACACAAUGAUUUCUGCGAGGGAAUCGUUAAGAUUCAAUCUCUUCAAUCAAGCUGCAAAUCCGAAAUCAAAAAGCGAGAAGCGCUUGAAUUCACCGCCAACGCUCUCAAAUCAGUCCUUUUAGAAAAUGAGAGAGUGAUGAAGCUGUAUACAGAAUCCAUCAACAAACUGGCUAAUCAGCUUGAAUGUAGGAAUAACUGUCGCAGCUUGAAAGAGGAACUGAAGAGGGUGAAUGAUGAACAUAUCAGGAAAGAGAAUGAGUUGAGAAAUGCAAUGAGUCUGCUUAAGCAUGAUUAUGAGAAGAGAAUAAAAGAGCUAGAGGUUCAAAUCAAAGAUUCCAUAGCUCAGAAAACAGCAAACGAAUCGACCAUUAAUCAACUCCACCAAGAUUUAGGUGCACAUAGAAACCAUGUUGAAGCUUUAUCAAAAAGAUUGGAUCGAGUCCACUCCGAUGUGGAAAUGAAAUAUCAAUAUGAGAUACAAGAUUUGAAGGAUUGUCUUAUGAUGGAGCAGGAAGAGAAAAACGGGUUGAACAGGAAGCUCCAAAGUCUAGAAAAAGAAUUACUGAUUAGCAGAACAAAGUUGGGUGAAUCUGAAAACAAACAGGAAAUGAAUUCAAAUAGGCACGUUGAAACUCUGAAGCAGAAGGUAAUGAAACUAAGGAAGGAGAAUGAGGUUCUUAAAAGACAACUAACUACUUGAGUUGAAACAAGACUCUGACUCAUCUUUCAUUUAGUUUGGUAAGUUCGUGAUAUCUGCAAAUAUAAGAUAAGUCUGUUAACAAUUUUUCAAUCACUGAAAUCUACUAUUGUGUGUGUGUGUGUAUAGAAUAUGACAUGCUUCAGUAAACACAUUAUAGUUCAAGCCUUUU